AUGAAACCUCUGAAGAGUUACUAUAUACCCAUGUUUGCAGCCAUCUUAACAUGCAGUAUCCUCUGUGACAAUGCGAGCUUAUCAAAUGGCGAAUAUCUAAUCGGGGUAGGAAGCUACGACAUGACAGGCCCUGCGGCCGGCGUGAACAUGAUGGGUUAUGCCAACAUGGAUCAGGUCAGCUCCGGCGUUCACUUCCGGUUACGUGCUCGGGCGUUCGUCGUCGCCGAAUCUCCAAAUGGAAGAAGGCUGGCUUUUGUGAACCUUGAUGCUGGAAUGGCUUCUCAGUUAGUCACCAUCAAAGUCCUAGAGAGGCUUAGAUCAAGGUAUGGUGAUUUGUACAAUGAGGAUAAUAUAGCAAUCAGUGGCACUCACACUCAUGCCGGACCGGGGGGCUACUUGCAGUAUGUUGUGUACUCUGUAACCUCUCUUGGAUUUGUUAAGCAAUCAUUUGAUGUCAUAGUCAGUGCAAUAGAACAAUCCAUUGUCCAAGCUCAUGAAAACCUCAGGCCAGGGUCCAUUUUCAUCAACAAAGGAGAUGUGGCAAAUGCAGGAAUUAAUAGGAGCCCCAGUGCCUAUCUGUUCAACCCACCUGAGGAGAGAGAACGGUACGCAAGAGAUGUGGACACUGAAAUGACCCUGCUGAAGUUUGUGGAUGGAAAGAGUCAGGAGAGCAUAGGAGCAUUCAAUUGGUUUGCGACCCAUGGGACCUCCAUGAGCAGAGAUAACAGGCUCAUUAGUGGGGAUAACAAAGGUGUUGCUGCCAGGCUAUUUGAAGAUUGGUUUGCUGCCAAUAACAGUGGCACCCAACCUGAAAAGCCAAAAACUACUGUUAUGAUUAAACCAGCAUUUGCUGUAGAGUCCACCAACCUGAAGAAAGCAAGUGGGAUCAAAGCCACGGGAGGGCAAUCAUGUGGCAAGACAACCAGUAGAAAUUUCAAAGUAAGGCAGAACAGCGAGAUCAAGUUUGUAGGGGCAUUUUGCCAGUCCAAUGUGGGUGAUGUCACUCCCAAUGUCUUGGGUGCUUUCUGCCUCGACAGUGGCCUUCCUUGUGACUUCAAUCACUCAUCCUGCCAUGGAAAUGAUCAACUCUGCGUAGGCCGUGGCCCGGGAUACCCAGAUGAGAUAAAGAGCACUAGAAUCAUUGGAGAGAGGCAAUUCAUCAGAGCCAUCGACCUUUUUAAUACUGCAAGAGAGGAGCUAAGCGGGAGUGUGGACUACCGUCACACGUAUCUCAAUUUUACUAAUCUUCAGGUGGAGUUGGGAGGAGGGAGGAAGGCACACACAUGUCCUGCUGCACUUGGCCCAGGAUUUGCUGCAGGUACCACGGAUGGCCCUGGGGUAUUUGGAUUCCAACAAGGAGACACUGAGAUUAAUGAAUACUGGAAGAAGGUCAGGGAUUUUCUCAAAGAGCCAAGCCCGCAGCAAGUUGAGUGCCAGAAGCCCAAGGCAGUCUUGCUUAGCACUGGGGAGAUGUUCAUACCCUAUGCUUGGGCUCCAGCGAUUCUACCUGUUCAGAUACUAAAGAUAGGGAAGCUAGUCAUACUCUCGGUUCCUGGAGAGUUCACUACAAUGGCUGGAAGGAGAUUAAGGGAGGCAGUGAAGUCAGCACUAAUAAGCAGUGGGGGUGGAGAGUUUGAUGAAAGCACUCAUGUUGUGAUUGCUGGCCUUUCAAAUGCAUACUCACAGUAUGUGGCAACCUUUGAAGAGUACAAACAACAAAGAUACGAGGCUGCAUCUACGUUAUAUGGACCCCACACACUCUCAGCCUACAUCCAAGAAUUCAAGAAGCUAGCAUCCUUACUAGCCAAGGGAGAGCAGCUCCCCAAGAGCGGCCACCCUUCCCCUCCCGACCUCUCCUCCAAGCUCAUCAGCCUCCUGCCUCCCCCCGCCGGCGACGCCGCGCCCCGCGGCACCACCUUCGGAGACAUGAAGCAGGAUAUCGUCUUGCCACCCCAAGGCUGGCUCAAGAAAGGAGAGAAGGCCAGUGCCACCUUCUGGAGCGCCAACCCCCGCAACGACCUCCUCACCGAGGGCACAUUUGCCGUCGUCGAGAUGCAACGAGAGAAGAAUUGGGUUCCGGCAUUCGACAACGACGACCUCAGCCUCUUCUUUAAAUGGAAGGCAGAUAACAGCAGCAGCAUCAGCAAUUCAAAGAGUAGCUUCGCUACCAUUGAAUGGGAGAUACCGGCCAAUGCGGCCCCAGGAAUUUAUAGGUUGAGGCACUUCGGUUCAUGGAUUGCUAAGCCGGAGAAACCUCCAAGGUAUUUUACCGGCGCUUCAAGAGCGUUUGUGGUGCAGUGA